AUGUCAUUUUUAAGUAGAUUAAGUAUAUUCACAGGUAGUCAAAAGAUUACAUUGGUUGCACAAACCAGAGGAUUAGCAGGAUCAUUUUAUAUACCAAAACCAGCUUUCGGACAGAAGCCACCUGAACCACCCUUCUUGCGUGAUAAAGAGAAUGGUUGGACAAAACAAACACAUAGAGUCGGUGCAAUUGGAAAGAAAGUUGGUAUGACUACCGUUUGGGUUGAUCACGUUGCCAUACCAGUUACUGUUGUUCAUUUACCAAACAAUCAAGUAGUACAAGUUAAACAUAAAGUAAAUGAUGGUGUAGAUGCACUUCAAGUUGGUGCAGAUGAAAUUAGAUUAAAGAAUGUAAAAGGAACAAUGAAGGGUCACUUUGCCAAAGCAGAUGUUCCACCAAAAAGAAUAUUGAUGGAGUUUCCAGUAACUAGAAACGCAUUCCUACCAGUUGGUACUCAGAUUACACCACGUCAUUUCGUACCAGGUCAAUUGGUAACAAUUAAAGGUGUAUCGACAGGUAAAGGAUUCCAAGGUGGUAUGAAGCGUUGGAAUUUCUCUGGUCUCGCAGCUACUCACGGUGUCUCUGUAUCACAUCGUUCGAUUGGUUCCACUGGUUGCAGACAGACCCCAGGUCGUGUAUUCAAGGGAAAGAAGAUGCCCGGUCACUUGGGUUCAGAGAGUACCACCGUACUCAACUUGCAAGUCAUUCAAUGCAACACCGAACUCGGUACCAUCAUGUUGAAGGGUGCCGUACCAGGAAAGAAGGGUAGUUAUAUUCGUAUCAUUGACUCUCGUUCCAAUAAAUGGACAAAGUCACCACCAUUUCCAACCCACAUGUCACAACCUGGCGAUCUCGAUGUCGAACUCACAAUCACAAACACCGUUCCAACCGAAAGAAACGGUGCUCUCGAUGUCUCUACAAAGGAAUUACCAUUAAAAGUACAUCCAUUAUUAUUAAAACAAGAAGCACAACAACAAGAACAACAACAACAACAACAACAACAAGUAAUUUCACAAUAA